AUGGAUAGUAGUAUCUCCCAAGCAAAUCCACUUAACAACCACCACCACAAAGCUACCACUGCCACAAACAACAACGACGACUACCAAGUUGCAGAUCCUGAUCUCACUAACAUGAUCGGUCGAGAUCUUAAUUUCUUGAAAGAGAUCAUGGCAGAGAUUCAGAAGUUUGUAGAUCAUAUGAAUGUGCAAAUCAACCAGGCUUGUGAGAAAUUUGAGGAGCUCAAAACAAGAGGAGGGGGUGAUACUAACGAACUUGACCAACUGAAAAUGUCUGUCAAGAAGUUGAAAUCCCAGAUUCCCUCCAAGCUUAAAAUCCAUUAUGAUGAUGAUUCAAAGCCACAUCGGAAACCAUGGUUUGACGGAUCCAUUAACAGUAGCAGCGGCAACAACCAAGUCGAUGUAAACAAGGCCGGCAAUUUGCACAGUUUCUACAAUCAGCCACAGGUAUCUUUCCAUAGCCUCCGUCCGGAAUCAAAACAUUUUUUGUAUAUUUUCCGGAUUUUCCCAGAAAUGGCUACCAUGAAGAAAAGGUUUGUGAUUUACUGGUGGAGCUUUCUGCAAAGUGGAUUAUUUUCAUCGAGAUGUCUAUACCGAGAACUAGCAGAGUUUCUUGCCAACGAGAUCUUGGAUGACCUUAAUGCAAAGGGCUUCAUCGAGCCUAUCUACAAAAAUUGUGGAUUGGUUGUGGAUAGCUACAGGAUGCCCCCUUACAUUCGUUCUGCUGUAACCUUUGAAUUAGAGUUGCAUGAUUUUGAUUAUUUUCUGGAUCUUCGCUUCGCCUGUUGGGAAAGUUGCAUAGUCAACGUUGAUGCGGCUAUUAUUGAUGGAAGACAUGAAAUUAUUUUCAAAAGGGGCACCAAUUUGAAAGUUGUUUACUUGGGAAGGUGGCAGAACUCGGUCACGCAUCACAUUGAAGUUCCAGACAUCAAAAUUCUCAAUUUUCUCAAGAAUAUGAAAGAAUUGCGGUUUCUUAGCCUUCGAGGAAUUUCUUUGAUUAAAGAACUUCCUCAGUUCAUUUCAAAACUGACUAAUCUUCAGAUUUUGGAUCUCAAAGCGUGUCACAAUCUGGAGACAAAGCUGACAAGAUCAUUCUUUGAGGAGCAUGAUCCAAAACUUCCUCUCUCAUUGGAACUUCCUUCAUCAUUGCAAAAAUUAGAGCUUGAGUGUUUUCUUGAGAUAGAUACACCUAGUUGGUUGUGGUCUGGCAAUUUGAAGAACUUGAAGAAACUUUACAUCAGAGGAGGACUAUUGUGUAAUCUGGACAAAAUAGUAGCUAGCACAGUUAAAAUGUUAAAAUUGAAGUACUUGAGUAACUUAGAGAUGCCUUGGAAAGACAUUACAAUGUUAUUUCCCAAUUUGAUUUACUUGGAGAAAGUAGAAUGUCCCGGCCUCAAUUCCUUCCCAUGUGAUCAGAAUGGUGUUUGGAUGAGGAAAGACAAUGGCAUCGAUGAGAAUUGCGGUGGAAGAAGAUAUUGA